GACGUUUUCGUGCAGUCGCGGAGUUUCUGCCAAAGUGAAGAAGUGUUUUUGCAAAGUUGGGGCGGUUUUUCUUCUCUUCGCGAAGGAAAAACAAGGUGUUCAAGGGAAGGUUUUUCCAUCCAAAUGGCCAACAAUCAAAAACGCUUUUGAAGAGAAGGAAAGAAAAGUGCGCACAUCACGUACAUUUUGGGAGAAAUUCCCAUUUUCUUGGUUUUCUUUUGGAUUUAUCAGUGUGAACGGAAAUUCUUUUUGUGACGUUUCACAACUUUUUUCUCUCUCUCAAAUGGUUGUUUGAAGGCGGAGGAAAAUAUAGAGAAAACUCUCACAGUGACACUUUUCCCGCCAAACGGAGGGCAAAAAGAAAAAAAUUAGCACAAAAAUAUACAAUCUCAUGGAUAAGCAAACACAAUUAAUAGAUUAAAAAAAACUAAUUUAUAUAUGAAUAAAAAAAACAUGCCAAAGUAAUCUCGAAAAAAAAAGAAAAUAAAAUAGCAAAGUCAAGGGAUUUUCCGCGAAAAAAAAUCCAAUCUCUCUCCUAGAAUAAAAAAAAUUGUGUGCUCGUUUUGUUGUUGUUGUACUUACACGUUGGAGGGAAUUUUAUACCACGAAAAAAAAAAGAAAGAGAAUUUGCAUGUGAAUACAGAAGCAGCAAACUAACGUGUGGUGGAAGGAAGUAGCAUUGAGAAUAUUUUGUUGGAAUAAAAAGUGGGCAAAUUAAUGCAGAGUCGCUCCCGAAAAUCAAAGAGACGUGAAUGCCACUCUUACCCAUAAUCAACGAGGACAAAGGGCUAUCCUACACCAGUGUAGGAGGAAACCACAAGGCUUAGGAGGCAAUUAAAGAAAAAGGACUAGAAAGCAUAUUUUGUGCUGAAAAUUUAGAUAAAAUAGGUGUAGGAGAAACAAAGAGCAAAACGAUCGCGUUUGGGGAACGCGAGAGAUUGAAAAUCAGACAUGACAUUGACCACAUCGGCAACGGAGAACAAUAACGUGGUGAAUAUGGAUGUUAAUACAGCUGAAAAUUUGCCAUCAAGUGAACUCUCACUCCUAGCAAAGCUGGAGGCGGCAAAUAAGUUGUACGAGAGCGAUGCAAAGAGUCUCAAUUCACUCCAGAGUUCUGCCCAUAGUCGCAAGAGUUCCGACACAAGUCAAAUUAGUUUCAAUUCGGGCACAUCGGUGGUUGAGGAGGAUAUCUGGCAGACAUGGGCUAGCAUCGUGACCGACUGGGAGGGGAGUUUAAAACGCAAAAAUCCAUGCGUUCGUGAUCUCGUGCGCAAAGGUAUUCCACAUCAUUUUCGGGCUAUUGUAUGGCAAUUGCUGUGUGGUGCCGCUGAAGCGGACAAGAAGCAAUAUGCGGAGUACAUAAAAGCCACAUCGGCAUGUGAGAAAGUCAUCAGGCGAGAUAUAGCGAGAACAUAUCCAGAACAUGAUUUCUUCAAGGAGAAAGACGGCCUCGGUCAGGAGGCGCUAUUCAAUGUCAUGAAAGCGUACUCACUGCACGAUCGUGAGGUGGGUUACUGCCAAGGAUCGGGGUUCAUUGUGGGACUUUUACUCAUGCAAAUGCCCGAAGAGGAGGCCUUUGCUGUCUUAGUGCAAAUCAUGCAGCAGCAUCGAAUGCGGGACAUGUUUAAGCCUUCAAUGGCAGAAUUGGGACUUUGCAUGUAUCAAUUGGAGAAUUUAGUACAGGAACAACUGCCGGAAAUGCACGUUCACUUCCAGUCACAGGGAUUCCAGACAACAAUGUAUGCAUCAAGUUGGUUCCUCACUCUCUACACCACAACGCUCACCCUGCCCCUCAGUAGUCGUAUUAUGGAUGUUUUCCUUAGUGAGGGAAUGGAAUUUAUUUUCAAAGUUGCUCUUGCUUUGCUCACAUUGGGAAAGGAUACCCUCCUGUCGUUGGACAUGGAGGCAAUGUUGAAGUAUUUCCAGAAAGAACUACCCCAGAGGGUGGAAAGUGAUCCUGAAGGCCUCUUCGCAUUGGCCUAUUCCAUAAAGAUAAAUACGAAAAAGAUGAAAAAGAUGGAGAAGGAAUAUGCGGAUCUGCGGAAGAAGGAACAGGAGGAAAUGGUUGAGUUACGACGUCUUCGCUCUGAAAAUCGUCUUUUGAAGAAGAGAAAUGAAUUACUAGAGGCAGAAAGUCUGGAACUAGCCGAUAGAUUAGUUCGUGGUCAAGUAUCGAGGGCAGAAGAAGAGGAGACAAGCUAUGCAAUUCAAACAGAAUUGUUGGCACUACGACGAUCCCACCUAGAGAUCUCUCAUCAACUUGAGACAGCUCAUGAGGAAAUACGUGGACUAAGCUUGAGGCUUCAGGAAAAUCAAAGGGAUAAUUCUUUAGAAUCUAAUAAUUCACAUCAAAAUUCCAUUGAUGAGCUCUGUUUGAAGGAGGAGGCACUCAAGCAGCGCGAUGAAAUGGUGACGUGUCUCCUUGAGGAGCUUGUUAAAGUGAGGCAAGGUCUGGCAGAGAGUGAGGACCAAAUUCGCAAUUUAAAAGCUAAAAUUCAAGAGUUGGAAGAAGAUAAAAAGACAUUGAGGGAGACAACACCAGACAAUUCCGUGGCACAUUUGCAGGAUGAAUUGAUUGCAAGUAAAUUGCGUGAAGCCGAAGCGAGUCUAUCGCUGAAAGAUCUCAAGCAGCGUGUACAGGAAUUGAGUUCACAGUGGCAGAGGCAGUUGCAGGAACAGAAACAGGAUACAUCACAAGCACAGGAUUCCACAUCGAAGAAACUCCUCUUCUGGGAGGCAUCGCGCUCAUCGAAUGAAGUGCAGAAGCUCGAGGAGGAGCUCAUGACGACGCGUAUACGUGAAAUGGAAACCCUGACUGAGCUCAAGGAGCUCAGGUUGAAGGUUAUGGAGUUGGAGACACAAGUGCAGGUGUCAACGAAUCAGCUGAGGCGUCAGGAUGAGGAGUACAAGAGACUCAAGGAUGAACUCGAUACGGCAAUCUCACGGGAGAAGGAAUUAUCAAAUAAGACUCGAGAACAGCAACAUAGGUACUCAGACUUGGAAUCUCGCAUGAAGGACGAACUGAUGAAUGUCAAAAUCAAGUUUACAGAACAAAGCCAGACGGUGGCUGAACUCAAACAAGAAAUAUCACGCUUAGAGACGAAGAACUCUGAAAUGCUUGCUGAGGGUGAAUUGAGAUCAAAUCUCGAGGAAUCCGAUCGUGUGAGGGAUCUUCAGGACAAGGUGGCGGAACUGAAAGCUGAGUUUCCCACGCCAAUCACAAGUCCAGAAACCGAGCCGUGGAAGUGGAUUAGCUAAAAAUGUGCUGUUUGCAUUACAAAAAUAAAAUAGAGCAAAAAAAGAAUUGAAAAAUAAUAAAAGACGCUAAUCACAGGUCACUAACACACUGCUAUGCAUGUUAUAAUAAAUGUUUAGUAUCUAGAUAAUAUUUUUGUUGUUAAAUAAUUUAUUUAUUUAUAUUCCUUGGUAUUUAUGAUGAUUUAUUUAUUAUUAAAAAUCUGUUAACACUGCAUGAAUAUUUAGCACAGAAAAUCAAUAUUUUUUUCAAUGAAUUUUUGAAAAUUAAAAGUAUUUUUUUCAUUAACACAAUAUUUAGAAAAUCUGCAUGAUUCGAAAACACAAAAAAAAUAUAUUUUUUGGUUUAUGGGAACGGUAUUCUCAGAAGAAAAUCAUUUUGUAUAUUUCUCUGUAAUUUAUUUAAAACAACUUUGCACUGAAGCUCCACCAGAGCCACCAAAUUGAGAAAAAAAAGUCUGAGAGAGAAUUCAGCCAAUGAGAACUCUGCUUGAGUUUCACGGCCAAUCAGAGAGAACUAUAAUUCUUCUUCUUAUUUAUUUAAAUUUCACAACAAGAAAUUCUUCGAGUUUAUUGGAUGAAUGGAACCUCAAUGCAAAGUUGCUUUGAAUUGAGCAUAAAUAAUUAUUUUUUGGUCAUGAAAUGUUGUGAAGAAUGCUAAAAGAAAAAAAAAACUUUUCUACUAAAACCUUUUAAUUAUAAUCUAAUUAGUAAAUCUUAUAAAGUAGAUUUUGUUGUGAGUAGUUUUUGGUAUGAAAAUGAAAAAUAAUAUUUGGAUAAAUUUCUUUGGCAUAUU